AUGGAGAUUCACUUUCUUGGUACUGGAUCUUGUUAUCCAGCUCCGUAUCGGGGAGCAUCGUGCGUAAUUCUGAGACAUGAGACAGGCUGUUGGAUGUUUGACUGUGGAGAAGGAAGCCAAACUCAGCUCAUGAAAAGUGCAAUUAAACCAGGGAAAAUCAACAAGAUAUUUAUUACACAUCUCCAUGGAGAUCAUUUGUUUGGCCUACCUGGUUUGCUAUGCACAAUGGGGAUUAACUCUACUGAAAACCGAGAGCCCGUUGAAAUUUACGGACCAGUUGGUCUUAGGAAAUAUUUAAGGGUGUCUUUGGAAGUGUCACAAUCAGUGCUUGGUUUCAGAUACUCAGUAAACGAACUUCAAUGUUUAACUCCAGGUAAGAGAAAGUAAGAGCUGUAAGAGCUAGUCAAGUAAAAAGAAAUCAUGCCUGAAACACGAUCUUUCCUGUUCUCGAAGGAAACCAAUAAUUGGCUAUUUCAUAACAACUGUAGCCAUAGGAGUUAAACCAGGGGCUGCCACGAACACAUCCAGCUGCAGUUGAGGCAGGGAUUAAACUUGGGUCUCCAGAUUGUAAUUUAAGAACUCUAACUUCUUGACCACACUGACCUCUCCUCCUCCUUUUAUAAUGUGUAAUAAUAAUAAUUACGAGCUUAACUUUGGAGUACUUUUAGUGAAAAAGACCUCUAAAAUUUUGAUGUAACUUUUGUUGCAGAGUUAUCAAUGAAAAGUGCCACAGAUUGGACAAAUUCUUCCCUUGCAUCAGACAACCUGCACCCGAGUGAAACUACAGGGAGAACUAUCUGUGAAAAUGAAGAUGGUUUAUGGUCGGUUUGUCAAGAAGAAAAUUUAACUGUGUUUGCAGCUCCUCUUAAGCAUCGUAUUGAAUGUUUUGGUUAUGUAAUUCAAGAAAAGCAGCAUCCAGGUAAACUAGACCCUAAUCUUCUGAAGCAGAAAGGAAUUCCGCCGGGUCCUCUAUAUUCAAAAAUUAAAAAUGGAGAAGCUAUUACAGCACCUGAUGGCAGUAUUAUCAUGCCUGAUCAUGUGCUGGGCCCAGCUCGACCUGGUCGUAAAGUUGUUCUUCUCGGAGAUACAUGCGACUCUUCAAGGAUUGUAGAUAUUGCUUGUGAUGCAGAUGUUGUUGUUCAUGAAGCCACUCUUGAGGAUGAACUCAAAGAAACUUGCAUAGAUCAUGGGCAUUCUACACCAGGUAAUUUUCUUGUAAUAUAUAUUAUAUAUGGCUGCAAAUAGUGUUCAAAUACUUAAAGUUAUGUGCAUUUUGAUCAGACAUUUCCCAUAAUCCAUUUGAGUGCAAACACAACAAGAAUCAAGUAAUGGAAAAUUUUAUUUCAUUUCUACAACAAAGGAACAAAGAUGUAAAGAUACACUGUAUCUUCCUUUUCAUGAUCAAGCUGUCUAAAGAAAGCCAAUAAGCAGAAAUUUUAAGUAGUACCAAAAUCACAUAACUUUUAGCACCCCAAGCAAUAGCAAUCAUUCACAUUAGAGUUUUUGUUGAGCUCAUAUAAUCAUUGCCAGUUGUCUAUUUGGUCAUAUGACUUUCCUAAAACAAUGGUUUGCAUUUCACAUGUUCUUAAGCUUCCAGAAUACAGAGCUCAGAUGACAAGCCACAUGAAAAAAACAUUUGCUUGAAAUGGUCACAUGAGCUAUACAGAAAUUCAAAUAUAAAUUAUUGUUUAUAAUUAACAUUGUACUGCAGACUUGAGUAUCAUCAUAAACUUUAUUAAUUGUGAAAGUUAAGGUUUGAAGUCAAAUUUGUUUGUUCCACAGAAAUGGCUGGACAUUUUGCUGCUCAAGUUAAGGCCAAAAAGCUUGUUCUAACCCAUUUCAGUCAAAGAUAUAAAGGAGUUAAUGACAAUUUGGCUGCACAGGAUGCUGACUGCAAUGUGAAAAAACUUGUAAAGCAAGCAGAAAAGGUCUUUAUGACAGGCAGCAUUGUUGCUGCAGAAGACUUCCUGGUCAUUCCUAUAACGUUAACAUAA